AUGAGAUGGUGCUGCGGUGGGUCGUAUUCGGAGAAUAAUGGUGCACGUGGCGGCGGCGGACCACCGACACCAUUGCUGACGGUUGGCGGCGCUGCCGGCGGCGGCGGCGGACCACCACAUGCGGUUUAUGACACGUAUGGUCCGAUGCAGAUACGCCUUCAUAAAACGGCGAUCUUCGUCACAGAGGGCACCGGCGAAAGUGUUUUUGUCGAUGCGCUGCGAACUGCCGGCUGGAAUUGCACCAUCACCUUUCCGUCGCAGGCGACAUCCGACGUCGAAUCCGUAUGUCCGCUAGUCGUAUUCAUCGAUCUGCACAUUCCGCACCCAUGCCAAAUCGCCAAAGAUAUAUCAGCCGUCGGAACAGAGGAUAUCCUGAUUGCCAGUAUCUCCGAAAAGCAUAUCAGCGACAAAAGAAGACGGUCACUCGCACAGUCAAGCAUUGCUCACCAUACCACCUGGAACUCUCGUGAUAUAGCAUUUUUCGAUUAUUUAGCACGAUUAGCGAAUCGAAUUCGAGUCCUUCCUGCACUUUUUGCCGCUCUCGAUGAGGCCGAACAAGCAAUCGAAGUAUGCGACGAGCAGCGCAUCGUGCAGUACGUGAAUCGCGCCUAUGAGAAUAUCACGGGCUGCAUUCGAUCCGAAGUGAUCGGACAGCCCGAAUCGGAGAUGCGUCGGAAGUCUUUGCCGAGAGCCCGAGGCGACGAACACGAUAGGCGAAGAAAUAGCACCGAGUGGAAAUUCAUACGGGUCCCGUUUGCUAACAAUAGUCAAUUCGUGUAUAUGAAACGCUCGAACACCACCAGCGAAGCGGCCAUUUUCCGCGACGUUUCGCUGAAAAGUCUGAAAAGCCAAACGGGUGUCAUCGAGGCGCCAAUCACUGAAGCGCUGACGACACUACGCGAUGUCGCUUCGAGAAUUGAAGGCGAGCCGGCGCAGUUGGUGCGGGAAGCGCUGAAGACGUUGUCAUCGCACGAAUUGUAUGCGCCUUCAAUUACGAGGUUCCGCGAUUCGGAUCGAAUUGCGACGCAGUACUAUGAUGGAUUAAUACGGUUGCAUCAUCCGGCGAGGCAACGAAAACGAAGUGUCGUUGAUGCGCAUCGCGAAAAACGAGGCUCACAUGGCGAAAAACGGCGAGUCUCGGCUGACGUGAAAAAUGCGCUCGAAAAUGACAAUUUCUGGAAAUUUGAUAUUUUGCACCUGGAGAAGGUUUCCGACCAUCACGCGCUCAGUCAAAUAGGAAUGAAGGUUUUCGAGAGAUGGAAAGUAUGUGAAGUACUAGGAUGUUCCGACGAUUUGUUAAAUAGAUGGAUUUUAUCGAUUGAAGCACAUUAUCAUGCUGGCAAUACGUAUCACAAUGCAACCCAUGCAGCCGAUGUCUUACAAGCUACCUCAUUCUUCUUAGAUUCCUCAUCAGUCGCAACUCAUGUGAAUGAAAAUCACGCGGUUGCCGCUCUAUUAGCAGCCGCCGUGCAUGAUCUCGAUCAUCCAGGUCGCGGAAACGCGUAUCUCAUUAAUACAAGGCAAUCAUUGGCGGUGCUUUACAACGAUAAUUCGAUUUUGGAGAACCAUCAUAUCGCCUUGGCGUUUCAGCUGACACUCCAACACAAUGCAAAUGUAAAUAUCUUUUGCCAUCUAACUCGCGAAGAAUUCAUGUCAAUGCGUCACGCGAUGGUCGAAAUGGUGCUCGCGACGGAUAUUUCGCGUCACUUCGAAUAUCUCGCAAAAUUCAACAAAAUGAGCGUCAUCGAUGUUGUCGACGAGCAACGCGAAAAGAAUUCGAUGACGAUAUGCGAUAUGCUCAUCAAAUGCGCCGACAUUUCGAAUCCGGCACGAGAAUGGACAUUGUGCCAAAGAUGGGCAUAUAGGAUUGUUGAAGAAUACUUCGAACAGACUCGAGAAGAAAAAGAAAAAGGACUUCCGGUGACGAUGGAGGUGUUCGAUAGAAAUACGUGUAAUGUGCCUAUCACGCAAUGCGGAUUCAUCGACAUGUUCGCACGAGAGGCAUUCGCCACAUUCACCGAAUUCGCGCACCUUCCCGAACUUCUCGAGCAACUCGAAUCGAAUUAUGACAAGUGGAAGCAGAUGACAUCGCAAUGGACGCCCUCGCACAACACGAAUCUCGCAUUAUAG